CGAACCGAGCUCUUCCCUGUCAUCCCCUCCAUCGAAACCUAACCUUCCCCAGCACUUCCACAUUUCGUCCGAAUACUUCAAAUUCUGUUUCAUUCUUCAGCUAGUGAACAUCGUCGUGCAUACGUAGUCUUUCUUGCGAAAACCUUUUGCGCUUUCCUUUGGAGUGACUGAGUCGAAGCUGUGUCGGGAUGUCCUACGCGUAUUUGUUCAAGUACAUCAUCAUUGGAGACACAGGUGUAGGAAAAUCAUGUCUGCUGCUUCAGUUCACAGACAAACGGUUCCAACCGGUGCAUGACUUGACAAUUGGGGUGGAGUUUGGCGCACGCAUGAUUACCAUUGAAGGGAAGCCAAUCAAGUUGCAGAUCUGGGAUACCGCUGGGCAAGAGUCGUUUCGGUCCAUCACAAGGUCGUACUACCGCGGUGCAGCCGGAGCACUUCUGGUUUACGAUAUCACGAGGAGAGAAACUUUUAACCACUUGACGAGUUGGCUUGAAGACGCGCGGCAGCAUGCGAACUCCAAUAUGACGAUCAUGCUCAUCGGAAACAAGAGCGAUUUGGCCCAUCGCCGAGCAGUCAGCACUCAGGAAGGGGAGCAGUUCGCGAAGGAGAAUGGACUUGUGUUCAUGGAGACUUCAGCUAAGACUGCUCAUAACGUCGAGGAGGCUUUUAUAAAUACAGCUGCAAAAAUUUAUCAGAAGAUUCAAGAAGGCGUUUUUGAUGUUUCCAAUGAGACAUAUGGUAUCAAGGUGGGCUAUGGUACUGGUGGGGCUCAAGGGGCAGGAGGACGAAACGAUGCUUCCGCUCAGAGAGGAGGGUGUUGUUGAAGUAGACACUCAUCAUGCUGCCCCAGUAGCCAGUUUGGGUCAACUCUACAGUUGCUCGAGUAUUCGAGGUCACAUUGGACAAGGCAUCUAAUAUUCAGAAUUUCUACUGUAGAUUACUGAUGUACAUUUUGCAUAUCAAUAAUGCAGGUUGUAGAGUAGUUUGACAGUCGGCUGGAAAACCGAAUGGAAGGGCUAGGGGAAAAGUAAGGCGUACUGCUUACGGUUGUAGUUGUACAACAACACCCGAGCUGCCGAGCAUAAUUACCGUAAGAAUCCGGAAGACUCUUUCCUUAAAGCCCGUGGCUAAAAUAGCAUUCAAAACAAGC